AGUAUCGACGGAAACUUAACCUCUCUUCGUAACGGUACGACGCGGAGAGUCAGUUGCGUACGAAAUGUCAUGGAAAUAUCGUAAGAGACCCGUAACGCCAGCUCCGCCGAUUUUCGUCGCGUAUUAAUCUGCCUUACGUAACGAACAGAGUUAUAUUAUUAAUAAUAACGAUAAGAUUACUCCCAUUUAGUCACUUUGCAACGCGUAUUGUACGCGAAACAGCGCGUAACGAUGCCUCGGCUUCUGCCGAGAACGAGUGUAGACCACGUACGGACUAGAACGUUCGAACAUUAGUUUCCUGAGCCUCAAACAAGCGUACGGACUCACAGUGAAGUGUAUCAGUUUUUCAAACCUGCCAGUUCUGUUGCAUCUUUGCUACGCUGUAUUUGUUCCACGAUUUCGUCGCAUUGCGUGUCAGUCUACGAUUGAAAUAUGGGCGCUGCUUCGAACGCGACAUACUUAGGGCUUGAUCUCAGCACGCAGCAGUUGAAAGCAGUUGUCGUUGAUAAUAAUCUCGCCGUUCUCCAUGAAACCAGUGUACAAUUCGACAAUGAUCUGCCUGAAUUUAGAACGUAUGGAGGUGUCAUUCAGAAAAAAGGAGAUCCGCACGUGGUCGUGGUUCCCACUUUAAUGUGGGUUAAGGCUCUGGACAUGAUCCUUGAUAAGUUGCGCGUGUGUGGCGUUGAUUUUAGCAGGGUGGCCGCCAUUUCCGGAUGCGCACAGCAACAUGGCACAGUUUACUGGGGCAAGGGCAGUCGAAAUCAGCUGCAGCAUUUGGAUCCUGCGAAAUUCUUGCACGGACAGCUGGUCACUUCGUUCUCGGUGACGCUGUCGCCUGUAUGGAUGGACUCCAGUACCACCAAAGAGUGUAAAAUCUUGGAAGAAAUCGUGGGUGGCCCUAAAAAAUUGGCGGAGAUAACGGGAUCACGGGCGUAUGAAAGGUUCUCAGGACCUGAGAUCGCAAAAAUAGCACGCACCAGGCCGGAAGCCUACGGCAACACUGAGAGAAUCUCAUUGAUCAGCAGCUUUCUCGCUUCCCUGUUUCUGGGCGAUUUCGCGCCCAUUGAUUGGUCGGAUGGCUCCGGAAUGAACUUGUUAAAUAUUCAUACGAAAGACUGGGAUGACGUCUUGUUAGAGGCUUGUGGUCCUGGUUUACGAGAAAAACUCGGAAAACCAGUUUCCUCGUGCAGCAAUAUCGGUGCAAUUUCGUCCUAUUUCGUCGAGAGAUUCGGCUUCGACGAGGCAUGCCGGAUAAUUGCGUUCACGGGCGACAAUUCAGGUUCUCUAAUAGGGAUGAGAUUGAAGGAAGGAGACAUAGCAUGCAGCUUGGGUACAAGUGACACUUUGUUUUUGUGGCUGAACAAACCAGAAACUGUUCUAGAAGGACAUGUCUUUUGCAAUCCUCUUGAUGAUGAAUCUUACAUGGCACUACUUUGCUUCAAGAACGGAUCACUGACUCGUGAAAGAAUACGGGAUAGCGCGGCACAAGGUUCUUGGCAGAUCUUCAACGAAUUACUGGAAAGUACUCCACGGGGUAAUUUUGGGAAUUUAGGUUUAUACUUCGACGCACAAGAAAUUUUGCCAUUUGUCAUUGGCGAUCAUCGAUUCAACAAAGCGAACGACGAGAUAUCGCGUUACAGCUCCAAAGAGGUUGAAGUGAGAGCUUUGAUCGAGGGACAAUUCGUUGCGAAAAGAGCUCACGCUGAGGAUUUUGGUUUCGUGAUUGGUCCAAAUACACGUAUUAUUGCGACAGGAGGUGCGUCUACAAAUAAAGCUAUACUGCAAGUACUCUCUGAUGUUUUUAAUUCACCGGUAUAUAUAUCGGAAGUAGCUAAUUCUGCUAUGAUGGGUGCAGCCUAUCAAGCAAAACAUGUUUUGUUGCAAAACGAAUACAACUUUGAUGAAAUAACACGCUGUUUGCCAGAACCGACACUCGUAUGUCGUCCUUAUGAUGACGCAGAUUCAAUAUAUAAAUCAAUGGUUGUGCGUUACCGAAAAAUCAUAGAUCAAAUUAAAAACAAAACAAGUACAAAAUAAAGUAUGUAAACGUCAUACGUAAUACAAGAGCAUUUAUGUCUUCGAUAAUGCAUAAUAUUAGUUAAAAAUGUAACAGAACCGUUGUACUUU